AGUGUUAUGAGUCUCAAGAGUUUUUCUUUUAAAUUUUAACCCGUGUUGAUGCUCAAACUUACAGCGUGUUCACAUGAUAUGGAAACCUGUAGUUUAAAAUUGAAUUUCUUGCGCAUCUAGAGAAAAGGAUCUGUAAGAAAUACCGGAUUGAAUUUGUUUCUGAGAACAAAAAUUAAUCAAGUUACUCGCGCGAACAGAUACACGGAGUGAAGUUACCUAGUUGGCGUUCUCCAAAGGUCACUACGACCCAACGCGCAGUCACCGUCGUCUUCACGGCGAGCUCGACUCAAAAACGAUGUCCUCCCGCCACCGCCGCCUGGCAUCGCUGACGAAGCUGCUGACCACCCACGUGAACGCCGCCCGCCACCGCGACGCGCUCUCGCUCUUCUCCCGCAUGCUCUCCGCCCCCGACCUCCCGCCGCCCACCGACCCCUCCUUCGCCCACGCCUUCCCGCUCGCUAUCAAGUCCGCCACCGCCCUCCGUGUCCCCCGCGCCGCCGCCUUCUUCCACGCUUUCGCCGCCAAGUGCGGUCUCCUCUACAGCCCCUUCCUCGCCUCCGCCCUCAUCGCGUCCUACGGCGCCGGUGCCGGCGCCUCCCACGAACUCGCCCGCCGCCUGUUCGACGAAUUGCCCGCUCGCAACGCCAUCGUCUGGAGCGCCAUGAUUUCCGUCCACGUCCGAGCGGGCGACCUCAUCGCCGCGGCGAGCGCGCUCGACACCAUGGACGUCGCCCCCACCGCCUCCUGCUUCAACACUGUGAUCGCCGCGGUUGCUGAGUCCGGGGAACAUCCAACUCGAGCCAUCGAGGUCUACCGACAUAUGCGAAGGGUGGGCGUCGCGCCGAGCUUCAUCACUCUGCUGGCGCUCGUUCCCGCGUGCACUGCUAUGGGCGCGUUGACGUCAAUCAAGGAGGUGCAUGGCUUUGCAGUGCGGCACGGCAUGUCUAUGAGAUCCCACAUUGGCAGCUCCCUCAUCGAAGCGUAUGGGCGCUGCGGUUCACUAGCUGGCUCACAGAGGGUUUUCAACCAGGUUCAGGAUCGUGAUGUGGUUGUUUGGAGCUCUCUUGUUUCAGCUUAUGCUUUCCAUGGCCGUGCGGAGGUUGCAAUGUCGCUUUUCAGACACAUGAAGGACCAAGACGACGUUCGGCCUGACAACAUCAUGUUUCUUAGUUUGUUGGCGGCCUGCGCCCAUUCUGGUCAUGCAGAUGAUGCGUUACAGUAUUUUGAUGUCUUGACCAAGAGUUAUGGAGUGGAGGCAUGCGGAGAUCACUAUUCAUGCUUGGUUGAUGUCUUGGGCCGGGCAGGACGGCUGCAUCAAGCUUAUGAGCUUAUACGGACAAUGCCGGUAAAGGUUACAGCAAAAGCUUGGGGAGCUCUUCUUGCUGCUUGCAGGAAAUAUGGGGAGGUGGGGUUGGCAGAGGUUGCUGGGAGAGCAUUGUUUGAGAUCGAACCAGAGAAUGCAGGAAAUUUUGUUUCGCUCGCAAACAUUUAUUCAGGCCGUGGCAUGCAUGAGGACGCAGAGCGGGUGAGAAGGGAGAUGGAGCAGCGAGGUGUACAGAGACUUCCUGGUAGCAGUUGGAUGAUACAUCACAAGUCAAGUUGCUAAUGCAAUGUCCUGAUAAUUUUUCGCCCCUGAUGGUUCGUUGUUAAUGCCAGCCAAACUAUGGUUUUAGCUGCUCUGCUUGCAGUGAUCUUUUUAUGAAAAAUCAGGGACACAUUUGAGAAGUGUCAUCACUGGACACUAGUUCACAGCAAAGUUUAUUCAGAUGCAAUGGUCAUCUGUGCAUGGAAAGAAACGUGAACUUCUCUUCUGGCGGUGGAGUGAAGCAGGUGUAUGCAUACCAUCAGCCGCGACAUUUCUGAGGCCCCAAAUCAAUCUGAAUUCCUUGGCUCUUGUUCCAAGACUUGAGAUCAGUGCUCCCUCCAUUUGUUACAUCAUAAGAUUUCAUAGAGACUAAAACAUCAUUCAUACUGUUGCCAGUCACUUAGCUCUAAAUUUAUGUAUGUGUUGGUUUCCACAAUCCUCAUUACAAUCAGUCAACACUGAUUUUACUGAAUACAACCGACUGCUGGAAAAAUCCAUGGAGGUUUCUACAA